UUUCAGCGUAAAUGUCACCGCUACUAUAUCGGUUGUUUUCCGUUACACGUUCACAAUUAUCUCGAACACGAUUGAAGCAAACGACUAAAGCGAUUAGUACAAGUCAAGUGCGACAUACUCAAAGUGCUGCAAAUUAUGAUGAGGAGGCAGAUGAUCGUGAUCGUUUCAAGUAUGACAAAUUUUACAAUGCCGUAGUAAUGUUUGGUUCACCAGUGGUACUCGCGAUCCUUUUCUAUGUGACUUAUUUGGGACAUCAGAUGGAGGAGCAUUUUGACCAAGAGAAAUACGUUCACUAUCCAUACCUAACCGUCCGUAAUAAACCGCUUCCAUGGGGUGAUGGUAAUCACGCUCUGUUCCACAACCCAGAAAAGAAUUACGUGCCAGGUGUUGGUUUCGAGAAGAAACAAGAAAAACACCACUGAUUUUGCCCGUUAUUUGGAAGUGCUACAUGUAUUUAUCCAAUUAUUUCAAACUGAUUAAUGUUUACUGUACAUCUGAGAUUUUACUGGUGUGUUGUAGAAAAUACUCACAGCUUUUUUACUAUCGAUUGCUACGUAAAAUCUAUCGUGCUAUUUUGUUUUAUUAGUUUUGAAAUUAUAGUGGUUUAUUUUUACUGUAUAUCUGAGAUUAAUCUUACACUAGCGUUAUAAUCAUAAAGUCUAACGAGUGAACUGUGAUGGGUAAAUUAAAGGAACAGAUUCCGAGUUCGAGAAACUUU